UUUUAUUUUAUCUAUGAAUAUAAGUAUGUAAACAAAUGUGUUCUUCACUUUCGUGUUAUUAAUGUUAGAGGAUAAUAUAUUAAUUAAUAAAUAGUAAUCAAACCCUGAUGAAAUGGAAGUUAAAGAAAAAACUGAUUUACUGGCACUAAAAGUCAUGAGGCUGACAAGGCCAACUCUUUGCAGUCCACUGAUAGUAACGUGCAACCCCAAAGACCUGCCAGGCAAUCUCCUGAACACUGACUUGAAACAGGACAUCACGUCGGUGCCGGGAGUCGAGACGCUCGCAGCGGGCCAGUUUCUCUUGCUACCCCAGAGUUUUGGGAAUAUUUAUCUUGGGGAAACAUUUUCCAGCUACAUAUGUGUUCACAAUGAUAGCAAUCAAGUUGCCAAAGAUGUUAUUGUACAGGCAGAUCUGCAGACAAGCUCUCAGCGCAUUCCUCUGUCUAGUCAGCACAGAGAUAAAAACUCUGAGCUGAAGCCGCAGGAGACACUGGACGAUGUGAUUCACCACGAAGUGAAAGAAGUGGGGACACACAUAUUAGUUUGUGAAGUCAGUUAUGUGACACCAAUGCUAAGUCGCCAGUCUUUUAGGAAGUUCUUCAAGUUUCAAGUUCUGAAGCCAUUAGAUGUAAAAACUAAAUUCUACAAUGCAGAGUCAGAUGAAGUUUACCUUGAAGCUCAAGUACAAAACAUAACAACAGGACCAAUAUGCUUAGAAAAAGUUUCAUUAGAAUCAUCACAUCUUUUUAAAGUGACCUCCCUGAACGCGACGUCUGCCGACGAGUCGGUGUUCGGCCACGUGAACGUGGUGCAGCCGCAGGCCAGCCGGCAGUUCCUGUACUGCCUGGCGCCCCAGCCGAGCCUCACCUCCGACCCCAAGCUGCUCAGCGGGGCCACCAACGUGGGCAAGCUGGACAUAGUGUGGCGCUCCAACCUGGGCGAGAGAGGUCGCCUCCAGACCAGCCAGCUGCAGAGGAUGGCUCCCGAUUAUGGAGAUAUUCGGUUGUCUAUCCAGACACUUCCAAACAUUGUGUACUUGGAAGAAGAAUUUUCAUUUACUUGCCGCAUAAUUAACACAUGUGAGCGUGCAAUGGAUCUGGUGCUGAGCUUGGAAUCCAUUGCGUCAACGGGACUGGAGUGGAGCGGGGUGUCUGGGCGUCAGCUGGGGCGCCUGGAGAGCGGUACUUCCCUCACUCUGCCCUUGUGCUUGGUCCCGCUCACCGCAGGCUUGCACAACAUUUCUGGGAUUAGGAUAACUGAUGUGUUCUUGAAGAGAACAUAUGAUUACGACGAUCUUGCCCAAGUGUUUGUAGUGCAACGGUUUUCUGAUGAUGAUGAUGCAGAUGCAAUACCAAACUCUCAAAAAGUGCAACAGUAAUUUUUUCAAAUGUCUUAUAGCAUGUGGUACUCACAUUGCUAUAUAGUUUUCAUUUGUUGAUUUUGUUAUAUAAUUUUUCAUUGUGAUAUUUGUUUUCAGUCUUUAUAUAAAUAUUGUGUUGGUAUUUUUUUAUCCAUGUUAAUAACAGUAAUAUAUAUUGAACAAAUUCUAUAUUAGAGCAUGUUUGAUAAGAAUAUUAUCAUUAAAGUAUCCUAAUACAAUGCUCACAAGAUUAUCGACAUUAAUCAUGCUUCAAUUUUCAUGAUUUCUGAUGAAAACAGAUGGGUUUCAGGUACACAUGAAUUAGUUGUUAAAAUACAGACUGGUUUUAAGUCAUAAAGGAAUACUGGUAUUAAAAAAUAUUAAUCUAGUUGAUUUAUAGUAUGACUUUCAAAAUUAAAGUUGUGUUGAAGUAAAAUUUAUUUCAAUUUAUAUCUAUUUCAUAAAAAUUUUGUAAAGGCUAGAAAAAUUUAUUUGUAAAAUUGUUGUUCUGAAUUCUUAGUUUAUCAUUAAAAAUUAAAAUAAAAUAAGGUUGGUCCAUUUUAAAAACUCACAAUGUAGCAUGCGAAAAUCAGUUUUAGUUUGAAUUGAAUACGAAUGUCAAAUUCGAGUAGUAUGAAUGAGAAUUGGAAUUGCACAAUUAUAUUUCUCACAUGUGGGGGAAUGACUGAAAACACUGUUUUUGAUGUUUGUAUUUGUUUCACCUAGCAUUCAUAAUUGAAAAAUCUAAAACGUAUGUGACCAUGGGCUACAACACAUUAUUGCCAGACAUUAAAAGUUGCCAAGGGGUAUAGCCACAGUUGGUUCACUACCAUGCACACAGUAGCAGCUUACUCACAGCAUUUAUGUACAUAUGAUGAAACAGAUGAUGUGACUCAAAAACUUAAUAAGUUCAGAAUCUGAGAGGAAAUUUGCAGUUAGUGUGUGUGUACACUCCUCAUUGAAAAUGUAAUUGUAUUUUUGCCAUUUCAUAUAUGUAUUAUUACAAUAUUUCACAUUUUCCUUAGUAUGAAUUAGAUUUUGCAUUAUUUUGUAGUUUGCCAAAAUUUCUUAUCCCAAUAAAAAUUGCAGUAAGUUAUAAGUAAUUCCAGGUAGAA